AUGGCUGUGGUGAUGAGGCUAGAGGCAAUGCAGAUGGGACAAUCUUCCGUGUUAUUUCCGUCUGCAUGUAAUGCAAUAAAGUCCUCUAGGCUGCCUGUCGUGAGAGCUCAGGCGACCGGAUAUUACUCCGUGGAUGUUCACGUCAGUGAUCAAGGCAACAACAGAGGAACCCCCUUCAACGGCCUCGAAAGAUGGCCAUGGAUAGAUCGAUUACUAGCCAAUGCCCCGACAUUCCCAGGAAGGAAGCCGUCGGCAGGGGAGGAGGUGAAGGUUUCUGUUGAGGAUGAUGUGCUUGUCAUCAAAGGAGAGCACAAGAAGGAACAAGGUGCAGAUGAUUCAUGGUCAGGCAGGAGCUUAAGCAACUAUGAUAUUCGUCUUCAGCUCCCAGAGAAUGGCGAGAAGGAUAAAGUCAGAGCAGAAGUAAAAAAUGGAGUUCACUUCAUCUCCUUUACUAAGACUAAGGUAGAACGCAAGGUCAUUGACGUGGAUAUUCAGUAA